AUGCAUAAAGUUGUAUUAGAAGUGGCUAAUGAGGAAGGACUCCGAAAAAUUGCAGAAAAGCUAAAAGAAAACUCUAUUGAUUGUAAAUUAUGGAUUGAACAGCCAGAAAACAUCCCUACAUGCUUAGCUUUAAAACCUUAUCCUAAAGAAGAAGUAAAAAAAGUGUAUACUAUCGAUAUGACCUCAUCAAAUACCUUGCAGAAGGCUAUUGAUCUUGUCACUAAAGCCACAGAGGAAGAUAAAAAUAAAAAUUAUGAGGAAGCACUGAGAUUGUAUGAACAUGGUGUGGAAUAUUUCCUCCAUGCAGUUAAAUAUGAAGCUCAAGGUGAGCGGGCUAAAGAGAGCAUAAGAGCGAAAUGUUUGCAAUAUUUAGAUAGAGCUGAAAAACUUAAAGAGUACUUAAAAAAGGAUAAAAAGAAGAAGCCUAUGAAAGCUGGUGAAUCAAAUUCCAAAAGUGACGAAAAGAAAAGUGACAGUGAAAGUGACUCUGAUGAUCCAGAGAAGAAAAAGUUACAGGGAAAAUUAGAAGGUGCCAUAGUGGUUGAAAAGCCACAUGUAAAAUGGAGUGAUGUGGCAGGGCUUGAAGCAGCUAAAGAAGCCUUAAAAGAGGCUGUUAUCUUGCCUAUUAAGUUUCCUCAUCUAUUUACAGGUAAAAGAAUACCAUGGAAGGGUAUUUUACUGUUUGGCCCACCUGGUACUGGUAAAUCAUAUUUAGCCAAAGCUGUCGCUACUGAAGCUAACAAUUCAACUUUCUUUUCUGUCUCAUCUUCUGAUCUUGUAUCCAAAUGGCUGGGUGAGUCAGAAAAGCUUGUAAAAAAUCUCUUUGAAUUGGCAAGACAGCAUAAACCAAGUAUCAUCUUCAUUGAUGAAAUAGAUUCUUUGUGCUCCUCCAGAUCUGACAAUGAAUCAGAAUCCGCCCGUAGGAUCAAAACAGAAUUUCUUGUCCAAAUGCAAGGUGUUGGUAAUGAUAUGGAUGGCAUCCUUGUGCUUGGAGCUACAAAUAUACCCUGGGUGCUUGACGCAGCCAUAAGGAGACGUUUUGAAAAGCGCAUUUACAUUGCUCUACCAGAAGAACAUGCUCGACUUGACAUGUUUAAGCUCCAUUUAGGAAACACUCGGCACAUGCUUACUGAACAAGAUAUGAAGGUGUUAGCCGCUAAAACGGAUGGAUUUUCCGGCGCUGAUAUCAGCAUUGUUGUGCGUGAUGCCUUAAUGCAGCCUGUCCGUAAAGUGCAGUCAGCAACCCAUUUCAAAAAAGUUACUGGGCCUAGUCCUACAGAUCCUAAUGUGAUUGUAAAUGAUUUACUAACACCAUGCUCCCCUGGUGAUGCAGGGGCUAUGGAAAUGACAUGGAUGGAUGUACCAAGUGACAAAUUAGGUGAACCUCCUGUCACCAUGUCUGAUAUGUUAAGAUCACUGGCUACAUCAAAACCAACCGUUAAUGAUGAAGAUAUGAUCAAGUUAAAGAAGUUUAUGGAAGAUUUUGGACAGGAGGGUUAA